CUUGGAGGUAUAAACUCGCGUCACCGGGCCUUUGCGCCCUGUGCCGUUGCGACUGUUCUCUCUCCACGGCUUGUUGAUUGCACUUGCACCCUAAUAAUAAUUGCACGCCUCUUGCAAGAUCCCCACGCUCUUUCGUCUGUCCAUCGCGCCCUAAACCGCCACCACCUGCCGAGCCUGUUUUGGCCCUUGCAAGACGUGUCACAAUCUUCUCAUCGGGGACAUUUGCCAUCUUUUUUUCUCUGAAUCCCGGCUUAACGAGCAUUUAUCCGUUCGUGUUGCUUCUCUGGCGGAAGCUGCGCAGCUACCAAGUAUACUGUACAGUAUACCAGAGCUUUCAAUUACGGUAUUGGUCAGAAUUUUUAUUCUAGCGGGCAUGGCACGUCUGCUGGCUGGCUCAACCACCAAGCUAAUCAGUACCCAUUAUUAAGGCACUAUCUCACUGCGACGCCUGAGACUGAACAUGUCGUCCCCUCUCAUCGGCAUCUCCAAGUCCAACUCGACGGCAUCCGCGUCGGGCCGCUCAACCAAGUCGUACGACUCCAUCAAGGUCCUCGGUGCAUUCGCCCUCGGUAGCCUGCACAUCGUCCGUCACGACGACCCUCCCCGCAUGUCGUCCGGCGACGAUGGGGACGGGGGCCCUCCACCUCUGGACCCCCCGCUGGCAUCGCCCAAGCAAAAGAGGCAGUCUCAGUCUCAGUCACCCAAGAACGUCAUGGCUCACUCGCUUGGCGGCGGAGACAUCGUAGUCGUUCUGCAGAUGCCUCAAGACUACAUAGUCGGCUACGACGCUCUGGCCUUCACUGCCACCAACUUCGCCGGAGUCAAGGGGCUGCCGCCAGGCGCGCACUUCUUCUGGGCGGCUCAUUCGGAUAACACGUCGUCUCGCUCUGGCUUUUGGGUCAUGAGCUCCGGAGUCGACCGGGUUCACGUUAUCCAGUGGCACAAGUACAACGAGGUUUUCGUGCAGCCGACGCGCACCGAGACACGCAUCCAGGCCGAGAGUGUCGACAAGAUCUUCCCCGAACUUCCUCUCUAUCGUGACCCGACUGCCACGUCGGCUUUGCGCGGGCAACUGGCGUGGUCCAAGAUUGAGGCGAACCAGCACAUGUGGGAACAGCUGUCUUCCAGCAUCUCCCAGUCCGUUCUCGACCGCCUCACGGCUGAACAGGACGGCGCGUGGAACGUCCACACUGGGGACCGUGUUUACGGCUCCGUCAGACAUCCCUCCGAGCUGGACUUGGACCGGAGACUCAAGCACCCUGUCUUCCAGUCACACGAGAUCAAAUUCUGCUUCCGACAGCAGGACCGAACUUAUGACGUCUCGACCUUGGGUCAUGAUCGGACCGUCAAUGCUACAGAUACCACCGCUUACGUCCUGGCGGCGAUCAAUGGCUCGCGUAGCCAUCUGACCGAAGAAGACGUUGUCGGAGAGUAUCAGUUUGCCUACAUCGUAGGCAUGUAUCUGGGAAACGACGCCUGUAUCCAGCAGUGGUGGUACACGACUCUGGUGCUGUUCCUCCGGGCGUAUCGCCUUGCCAUACGGCGACCGAAGCUCGUUGCAAGCUUCUUCCGCACAAUGAGUGCGCAGCUCGCCCACAGCAGCAGCUGGCUAGAGGCGUCUAUCCUGGACUUGAAUGAGCCUAAUGCCCGGGACCUGCGCAUUGCUCUCAUCAUCUACAAACGUCGCUUGAAUGAGUUGCUGGAAGCUCUUGACAAAGAGCACAUCACCCCCGCCCACAUCGACGUCGGCAACGCGUUCGCCCGGCUGCAAGCCUUUGCCACCACGGACCUUGGCUGGGACCUCGACGCUCAUUACCUUCGCCGCGGAAAGCUUAACUUGGAGGAUGGCGAGCAGAUUGAGCUCGAGCUGGAUGAACUGGAGGCAGAGGACGAACGAGGGGAGUGGGCUCCCGAAAUCGUCGAGCUCGACGAACAUGGUCGACAGAUUGGCUUGGUGUCGUGGAGGGAUUGAACGCACGGCAUUUGCCCCAGGCGUGAUCACCGGGGAUCGAUGCUCAGUCUUGCACAUGGAAUGGAGAAAUACUGCAUGCUGAAUUUGGUUUUUCGCAACGGAGUUGGUGGUAUUGGCAACAUGAUGGAAACCGGUGUUUGCACGUGGUGCCCGCGGCCUCUUUGGACAAAUUCCCCCUGUACAGCAAGUGGCUUUUGCAAACGACAUAAUGGCCGCUUGUGUAUGAUAGCUGUAGAAGUAGUAGUAGUAGUAGUAGUAGUAGUAGUGCUCUAUUUUGUAAUGGUAAUUCGACGUCAGUUGCCGUUGGAUGUAGC